UGCGACUUUGUCGUUGUAUCGAAAAUAGGUCAUGUCUGUAAAAAGAUUGUGAUUAAAAAAUAAGACUCGGUUAGGAGAGGUGUGCUAAAACGAGCACAGACUGGACUGUUCUCAACACUAACUUUUUUUCUACAUUGAAAGAACUACACUCAUCAAGUAACCAUGAGUUUGGAUUGGAUAGGCAGCAUAGUGUCCAUUAACUGUGGGCCUACCCUUGGAUUUUACCAAGGACAGGUCACUGCAAUUGACUCUUCAGAACAGACUGUAACCAUUAGCCAGGCUUUCCGCAAUGGUAUCAAAUCAAAUAUUGAAAACAUCACGAUAUGUGCAUCAGACAUCAAAGAUCUUCAGAUACUGAAAACAAGAGAAGAGGCUCAUGAUAUUGUCAAUAAAGCUUCAACUCCAUCAUGUCUGUCCAAGGAGACAUUGCAGUCUGUUCUUCCCAAAUGUCCAUCCCCUGUAAAAGUGGUGCAUGCAUGUGGUGUGCCAAAAACUGGAUUCCUUGAAGGAAACAAGACAAACAACUCUUUAAACAGGAAUGCAGACACUGGUAUAAGUCCUGUAGCUAACCUGUCUCAGGCCACGAAUGGGAAACAUGUUAGGAGGGCACUUGUCCAAGAUGGUGAUUCACAAGGAAAGACCCGACAGACACCAGAACAAGAAUUUCGACAGAGGAGGAAUUCAGCCUCGGAAAGCAACAGGCGAACACCUGAUUCAAAAAAUCGAAAGAUCAGUACUCCAAAAAAAAUAGAGCGUUCAACCAAGAAAGGUGGUCAGCGGGAAGACUGUUUCAGUGCACCAGCAGAAUCUUUCCUCACAGAAUUUGAUUUUGAGAAAAAUCUUGCGUUGUUUGAUAAGAAAGCUGUGUUUGAAGAAAUUGAAAAUGGGAUCAUUUCAUCGGAGUCCCCAGUAGAACGAAAACCUGCCAAGUAUCGUCAUAAUGAAAAUGUCUUGCCUUCCCAACCUACAGAAAAGCGUCAAAUUCGACUACCUGGUGCUACAAAUAAAGAAUUUUACACUGAUUCUGGGUUGUUGGUACCUAGUGUUUCUUUAGAGUUGAGGAAUCACAUCGUUGAGGCAGCAUAUCAGCAGGGCUUCACACAGGAGCGAAUCAUUGAAAUGUUUGGGAGAUCUGCAGCUGAAAUGAUUAUGCAGCUACUUGGAGGAAGUCACAGACUGACUCCUACCAAUGAUCAUCAACGUCCCACAGUUGUCUUCCUUUGUGGGCCUCACUUCCAGGGGGCACUGGGAGUGAAUUGUGCCCGGCAGCUGUCCAACCAUGGCACAGACGUCAUAGUAUUUGCCCAAGUCUUUCAACAGACAGAUCAAUCAUUAAAGAAUGAACUUAAACUUUUGGAGUUUUCUUCAGCAAAGCAUGUCACCAAGGUCAAAGAUCUGCCAAGCAAAGCAGUAGAUAUGGUGAUCAAUGCACUGGACACGCAUGGACCAAAUCUUCUAGCUUGUCAAGACUGGUAUAACUCAGUUUCAUCUUGGGUGCAGUCCCGGCGAACUCCAUGCUUGGCAUUUGAUCCUAGUGUUGACGGCUCUGCUUUCCCAUCACACUGGGCCCUAGGUCUGGUUUUACCUCUUGAUCUUCCCUCUUCCUGUGGGAAACAGUACUUGUGUGAUGUAGGCCUACCUAGUGGAAUUUUUCAGAAGGUAGGAAUUGAAUACAGUCCUCCAUUUUGCCACAAAUUCUACAUUGCUCUCAAUUGAAGCUAUGAAGCAAAGGAACUGAAAAGAACUAUCUUUUGAGUAUAGAAACCUUUGGUUUCUUCAGGGAGGCUUCUUUUAAGGAGGACUGAAUGUCUUAAAUGACAAUCAUCAUAACUGAAAGCUUGCUUUGAACUUUUUGAAGUAAUUCUGCAUAACUUCAGCAUGGCCACACUGUGAUGUGAAAAAUAUUGUCACAGGAAAUCAGAUAGCAGUUUAUUAAGCAUCUUGCAGCAGCUAUCAUACCUGAUCAGUUGUGGUCUCCUAGAACAGGGGUGCUUAACCCAUGGGCUGCCAGACCCUUAAAUGUAGCCCCUGUUAAGCCUCCAAAACACUUGUUUUAUAUAUAAAAAAAUAGCACAAAAUAGAGUGUAGCUAGAUGUUCCUUGUGAUUAAAUGAAAAAAAUUAAGGGCAUAAUAUAGUUUUUGAUUGUUAUAUCUCCCCUAUUUUGACCAAAAUAUCUUGAUCAGCUUUUUCAGAUUUUGCUGUCACCUUUUUGGCAGACUUUGGGUAGGUUAGCCAAAGUAUCAUACCAACAGCUAAAUAUGUUCAUUUUAAUGAUUGGUUCCCAUUUUCUUAAUUAUACAAUCCUCCAGCAGUACUCUCAAGUAGAAAUAUAUUCAUUUCAGACUCUCCAAACAAUUCUCAUGGGGAAUAUUUUCAAGUCAAAACAUGAAAAGAAUCAAUACAGUGCAUGCAGCAACACUACAGUUGAUUUGAAGUGGGGUUUUUUUUUCACUCAAGAAAUUUUUUCCUUUGUUGUAAAUGUCCAAGUUGGCCAAUAAUUUCCCGAAGGUCAAGCACCCCUGUCCUAAAACGUUGAUAAUUCUGCUUUGUCACCAGAGAGGUAAUAAGGGGUCAUUGGAACUAGUCAGAAGUGUGAUUUGAGCCAGAAUCAGAAGCUCUUUUUCUCAGCGAUUUCACAUAUGUCAAAAACUGCCUUUCAGUUCACCGCAUUUAACUGCAUGUACUUAAAUCUUUUUAGAUUACUCACAAUUGAGCAGCUGAAGUGAAAAUACUGGACAUGUUUCUUCAUGUAGGUGAGCAUGAAGGCAGAAGAAUUUGAACUUUCCAUGCAAAUUUCCAUGUACAUUCCACCCAUCAUGUACCUUUUUAUUUUUUUUAAACAUUAAUGCCCAGGCAGUUAAAUCUUUUCUUACGAUGCCUGGAAUUGUAGAUGGAAUAUUAGCAUUGCUGCCAUAUUACUAUGAUAGGAAACACAGUUGCUCAGUCUUAAAAACUGUUUGUAUUUUUGUAUUAGAGAAUUUAUUGAUCGCCAUAAACAGAUGGUGAUGUAGUUAUUGGUUUUAUGUUGAUGGUCAUGCUGGUAAUGUGUUCAGAGCUUGUACAAUAGUGGCAAGUUUGGGGUGCAAAUGCAUGAAUCUGAUAAAUGUCAAAUUCUUAACUUGUGGGCUCUGCCUGAGGUGUAGUCUUUUUGACAUAAAGCUGUAUGUUUGUGACAUGAUUUCUGUCUACAGCUCUGAAAAAGGGUUUUAAAUUUUAGUAAUAGAAUGCCUAAAUUUAAUGGCAUAGACAUGUUCAUAUCAUUUUUUAACAUCAUCUCUUUAUAAAAACUGCCAAAUUAUAUCAGCUUUUGUUUAGCCAGAAUGGACAAAGUACAGUUGGCAGCAUUAGAGAGUGUAUGAAAAAAAAUACAUUACCUUUUAGGUAGUAGACUCAAGUAGACUGACAAACAAGAUGCAAAGUGUGUUUUUAUCUGUACCUUGUAUAUAAACUGAUUAACUGAAAUCCUCAGACAAUGAAUGUCAAAAGUUUGUAGGCAAUUGGAUACAUUCUUGGCACAAAACUUGCUAAGAGGAGGCUGUGCUGGAGGCUCAUCGAGCUUUACAAUAGAGGUGCAUUUGAAGGUUCUGAAGUGUCGCCAUAGUGAGUGGAUCUGCUGAGAAAAUGAUAUUUUUAACCACAGAAUGACUUGUAAAAAUGUAACAUGUCUAAUGAAUCAUUGUGGUUGUGAACACAGCCUAAUGGAUUGGAGUAGCAUUUUGGCAGACAGCCAGGCCAGCCAUCAGGAAUUUUAGUAAACAAAUGCAUAGUAAUACCAGGCCUUCACUGGACAAAAAUGGCAACUGUACCAGGAUAUAUCACUGUUGUUAUCAGUUCGUGAAGCAAUAGCGUUGCCAUUACCAGGGCCUGUCUGAAUAUUUUUAUCAUUAUGUAACUACUCAGUUUUGAAUAUUUCAGUUAAUCAGAGUGUUCGUAGAUUAGAUCCCAACCUUUUUUUUUUUAAUAUGGCUGUGCCCUUUGUGCGAAGGAGAAUUGAAUUGAAGGAAUUACACUUAAAGUGAAACUCCACAAAUGAAAAUGGUGUGAGUUGAAUGGGAUUGUAGGGUGCAUUAAAAGUGCAACCAGUGGCCUUGCUAGUGAGAAUGUAAACUAAUUUGAUUGACAGAUACUGAGUUUGCUUUUGUGUAGGAUUUCAUGGUGAGCCACAAGAAAAGAAGUGGCAUGAAGAAAAUGGUGUGAAACUUAAGAAACACUCAAAAAAGAUAUGCUGAAGUAUAUAAUAAUUGGGAAAAUUUGCUGGUGGUGGUUUGUUCAAUUGGGUGAAGUAGGGUGGAACUAAGCAAAAAUUGCUUUACCCAGAAGAAAGAAAAUGUGUUUGAUAAAGUGACCAGAAUCCAUGAAAAUUCUACUUGGAAUCAAGACCAUUUUCCAAUACCACAUAGAUGCCAAAAAUAUUCUCCUGUCUAAAAGGGAUCGAGGCAACUUGUGAUAAGGAUACAAAAGAUGAUGCAUGUUGUGAACUGAACAGAGAUAAGUACGCUGUUAUAAAGCAGAUUGACUUGUAUGUUUGUGUUAAUCUGCCUUUCAUGUGUUUAAAGCAUAUUGUGCAUGGUGGAUUAUAAAUGUCAAGAUGACUAACAGUUCAUAUCGGUGCUCUUUAUGCAGUGUGUUUACCAAGUGCAUUCACCCAUGUUAGCUUGCUAACAUACUGUGGGUUGGAGCGACUUAAAAAUGUGAAUGGGUUUGUGUGGCAAGUAUACUAUGCAUGGAGGAAGUGACAACAAAAUUUGCGUGUGAUGAGAUGCCCCAUCUUAUUAAUGCAUGUUCCUAUAAGAUGAUGAGUUUUCUGAACAAACUAGGAAAAGUGCAGCACAUCGGCAGCCCAGGAAAAGUUCUACGUCAUUUGCUUAAAAAAACAAAAACCAUCAUUUACCAAUUUGUUGGAAGUGUGAAUUUUGUCAGUUGGUCAUCUUCAGACAUUAAAAACAAUUACUUUCUUGGAAAGGGCAGUAAGACAGACCUGAUAACAGUGGUGCCUCCAUCUCCCAAAUGAGGUGGUUGUCAGAGUUUUGAUUGAUGUCUGGUUUUGGUGCUUAAACUGUUUGUAAACAGUUUUUGUCCAAGAAGUGCAAUGUAUGGUCUGAUUUUUGAGCAGACACAAUCUGGAGAAAUCGGUUCAUCUUCUUCCCUCCCUACCCACUACAAUCAAAUCUGCAGCUGAGGCAUUUUGACAUCACCACUAAAUUCCGAUUGCAGGACUCUAUAGACUGCCAAGUGGUACUAGAACUUGGAGAGACUUUACCAUGGAUCAGUCUGGGUUUUGUGUUUGGCAGCUGACAAUUGGUUUUGGGUUGCUGGUGACUGAUGUGUUGAACACAUCAUAAUUAUUGACAUUCUGUUGUAAACCUGCUUUUAGCUAUGGAAGACAUGUACAUUCCCAUUCUGUCUCAUUAUUUCCCACUUCACUUAUUCUUGCAACACCAGCAUUAAAUAGCUACUUCCUUCAACUUUUCCCUGAUUAUAUACAUAAAUAUUUUUAAGACAAAUGGGAAAUGUGCUUACGUUAACUUGCAUGUUGCUUUUGUGUAGUCUUUUUUAAAUAUACUUAAUGCAAAGGGAGCACCUACAGGCUUUGUUUAAGCAAAAAAUAUAGUUAAUGUGAGAAAGAAUGAAGAUCAGAUUUUGCCAUACUUUGCUGACAACUGGAUCAUGCAGAAUAAUCUGUCUUAAAACUGUAUUCUGUUCUUGUACUAUCCCUUUGGAGGAAAGUCACUAACUUUUCUGUAUGUCAUUCAUAGGUUUCUUUCAGUAUGUGCAAAUGUGUAUUGGCUGCUCAUCAAAUACAAGAAUCGACACAGAACAAUCCACACUGGCAAGAAUAUAUAUAUACACACACAUUUGUAGUGUCACUAGGAUGAGUAGCAUGUCCUGACAAGCAAUCUGAUGAGAUGAUCCAGAACAAUAGAUAUGAGAGGAAUGCAUUUGUCUGUUUGAGAGUUGUUAGGCUUGUAUAGCCCAGUAUGACCUUUCAUGCUGGAUAGUUUUGGGUGGAGUCUGCAGAUUGUGUAGCAGGUGAGAGAAUGAAGGAAGAGCUCACUUUCCUUGCUAUAAUCCAUUUGUAUACCAACUUUCCCUGCUAUAAUCCAUUUGUAUACCAAAUGUGUUAAGUUCACAGAUAUGGAUAGUGAAUAAGAGGAAACAGUUUGUGCUGGUUUGCUUCCUUGCUGCCAUCAUCAUCCUUCUCCCUAAUACAGACCCUAUCGCUGACAUAACAUUUAAGCACCAACACUCAACCCUAGAGACAUUAGGAAUUAAAUCCCAGACCAUUUAUAUGAUAAUGAUGAUGCUUGGUCCUGCUGAAAGACAAAGGCUGAAGAAGGAACUCCCUCAUAGCAAAGUGUUGGUUUUAUAAUAUGCCAUGUGUGCCAAGUUCAUGCUGUAAUUACAAUUUAGUCUUAUUCUUCUUCAGUUUGAUGGUGCUCAUGCCAGGAAUGUGUGCAGGGUAAAGUAGCAGAACAAGUAGAAGCUGCUAUUAGUUGUGUGUUGAUGAAUGUUUACUAGUGAUUUUACCAUUCUAAGAUGAGUACUUGCUAUUGAGAAUCAAUAAGUUGCUUAUCAUUGUAGUCACUCUGUAUGAUAGCUUACCUUAUUCUUCCUCGAUUAAUUUUUUUAAUUCUCUGGUGCCUACAUUAAUGUACUGGAGUUGUCACCUUCACUGUUAUCGUGUAUCAGCAUUUUUAUGUUCUAUGUGUGCAUAUUACAAAUGUAGCUGUUCAUACAUCAGCUAUGAGCGUUCACUUCACCUUAUAUUCUGUCAUUUCCAGUGUCUACGACAUUCAUUUAGCACUUAUAAAAUUAAGCCAGCGUUUGCAUUAUCAGCAUCAUUUGUUAAGUACAACAGUGAUUAAUGAAUUAUUCACUACCAUGACACUUUUUUGCCUUCUCAUUACUGCACCAUUGUAAAUACCAUUAUGCUCCAUGUAUUUGAAUGCUAGCUUCAUUUUUAUUCAUGAUUUGUUGUACAAAAUGUAAUGGAAAGACACCUAUAUUGUUUAACAUCCCAGAAAGCGGCAAAAGAUUGAAUGACCAUGGCAACAAGCAUUUCACACUUUUGAUCCACAAAAAUAACAUGCUUGGUCACCAAAAAAUUAAUGCUUGCCUUUCACGUCACAAAUAUAUGGCAGCCAGUGGCCAAUGACCAGAAGCUACAAAUCAUAAUGUGAUUCUUUGAUAGGUGUUCCAUGUAUGCUGUUCAUCUAUUUGAUAUUGUUCACACGGUUGUCAGAAGUUUUCUUCCAACAAGGUGUUUCACACAUCCUCUCCUAAAGAUCUAUAUAACUUCACCAUCAUUUAUGUACAAGAUAAAACAGCUUGCGUUAUUUCAAGAUGAACGUUUUCAAACUAACAUCUGACAUCUUUGUUGUUGCCUGUUCUUCUGCACCCCAAUUUACCAUAGACAGAUGGUCUCCUGACUUGGAUGGUUUGACUUAAGAUUUGUCCUAUACAUUCAGUAGAAACCAUAUUUUGAAUUUUGAUCUUUUCCUCUUGUGAUGCUGGGCUUUGUGUUAGAAGAUUUUGCCUAACCAUAGGCUCAUUGCUUAUUUAAGUGUUCUGAGCAUAUUUAAGGUAAGCUAUAAUGUUUGGUAGGGUAGGUGUAAUAAAUGCAUUUUUGACUUAAUAUUGGCCUGGAUGUAACCUCAUAAAUCAAGGAACAUCUGUAGCAUGGACAAUGAGCAUCUGUCCACUUCAUAUUUAACUAAAUUCUGUUGAUAACUGACCUUUUCUCUUAUUUUGAAUGUUCCCAUUUUUCAGCUACUUACAAUUACAUAUAUGUGUAGUCUAAACAAAUUUUUGAAGUUCAGAUUCAAAAUUCUGGGCACUUAAACAUGUUCUGAGGCAGCUUUUGGGACAUUGUGAGGUGUUCUUUUUAUAUAGGCUGGUGUUAAGCUGCAUGUAUUAUGCUCCGUAUUUACGCGUUUGAUCACGAACCUUUUGUACACAAAAAACUAGGUUUGUGCGAGCGAGCAGCUAAGCCAGCCAUCUUCUACGCUGGCUGUAGACUGGGGAAAUGAGAAGACAAGCUAUUCCAAUUUAAAUUUUUUUUUUCUUAGUAAUGUAAAGGAUAUGGUGUAGUCAUAUAGGUGCUGUAAUGUACAGCUUGGUGGUCAAACCCCAUUGGCUAUCUCUUAUAUGUGUGGACAGAGUGUUACUGGUCAGUAUGAUUCUCCUGUGAUUCUCAUUGACUUCAUGUGUCUAGAGACUUUGCAGAAUGCCUAGUGUCCAGACUGUUUGCAAUAUCUAGCACAAAUCUGUUUCUGACUAUACAGGUUAUAUUAUGUUAAGAAUUGUGUGGAGCAUAUGCUGACGUGUUCUGCUGCUGAAUGUCUUUAGCUUGGGCAAACUGGACCAUGCUCUUACAUUGUGUGUGUGCAUGAAUGCAGGCUGUUAGCUAUAUAUUGGUUGUAUAGUGUAGGUGGAUUUUGGUCCCAGGCAUACUUUUGUAAUAUGUGGAUUGAAAGAUGAUGAUUGCAAGUGCUUACAAAGCCACCUUGGCCAGCAUGAGUACUUGUAAAUAAUCAGAUACGCGACUACUUGUUAUCAAAGCAAGCAAUAUGUUAUCUGGUAGACUUUAAAGUCAAGAGUAUUAUUGCAUCAUCACAGGGGGAUAGGGGAUUUUUUUUUUUUUUGCAUGCAUGUGGGUUGUACUUGUUUUGAUAUAUAAUUACUAACAUGUCAUUUUAUGACCACUCUUCUAACCUGGAUGGAAGAUGGUGUUGGGGUAACUUCUGUACAGUUGAGCCAACAGACUUCCAAGCCUUCUGUUUUAUUAACCAGGGGCAGCUAUGGCAAACAGAUGUUUAACUUUUGUCUUCGCUCAUAUUUUGCUUUGUAAACAUAAUGGUAAUGUCUGUAUUAUGUUCCUUGAAGAUUUGUGCCAUUCCAGUCUCCUUGCGGAAUAUGUGUUGUAGAAAUUGAUUUGUUAUUUAUGUGAGUCUGUGGCCAAAUGAUCUUGUUGCAGUUCAUUUACAAUAUUAGGUCAUUUGCUUUAUUAUUCAUGUUUUGUUUGUUUUCAUUGUGCUGCUUUAUUUCCAUACCAUCUUCUUAAGAAGCAAUUUUUCUGUACUUAUCUAUGUUGUCUGUAAGAUUGAAAAGUAGUUGCCAUUGAGAAACUUCAUGAAUUCAUGGAAACUGCUUUCUUUUAUUCCAGUUAAUGUAUAAAUGUUUAUCCAUGCAGCUUUGAAUACCCUAUUAUUUUAUUUAUUAUUUGCCAGCAUUAGUCCUAAAUGAAGGCUGUCUUGUCUGUUUGUCUUAUAUCAAAAGGAACAGAUAUCUGUAAAGCCAGGGCAAACAACUGAAAGUAAGGACUAUGUAAAAUGUCCUUGGGAACUCAUUUCCACUACUUAAUGCCAUGUCAUAGUGAUCUGUCAUUGAUAUUUUACACACUGUUUUGUGCCAUUAUUGCCCAUGGUUUCACUUUUUCUUUACGGGAGCUUAACAUUUGUUAAACAUACCCAGGAAAUCUGGUUUUGGAUGGUAUACAUUUUGAAAAGAAAGUAGGGGAAAGAAUUUUUUUUCAGUUUCCCUGGUUCCGUACUAUGCAACAGAAAAAUAACAAAGAUGUUUAGAAAUGUGUUAAUGUACUGAAGGCGUUUGCAAUGUAGUGCCUACGUAAAGCACUUUUGUGAUGGUGGAGGGAUGGCAUCAGUUAAUUAAGAGAAGGGAUUUUAUGGGCAUUCACCUCAACCCCCCAACUUUCCUGGUUUUGAUUUUUGUUUGAUCUGCAUUAAUACAGUCAAGCAUGUUUCACUGCUUUUGCACCCUUGGGAAAAAUUUUAAAUGCAGCAGUGCAUCCUGGUGAGGCACAGAAUAAUGCGUAUUAACUCGAUGCACUUUUUUUUUCGAGUACUUUCGCUGGUAACAUUGUUUUUGUUUUUUUUUUGCCAUGCUUUUAUAAGAGAAUACGCGGUUCAAGUAUGGUUUUAAUACUCUUUCUUUCUUAUUUUUUUUCUUUAUUGUGUGUAGUCAGCAUGAUUGAUUUUGGUGCAGUUAGAGUAGAAAUGUUGAAAAGUUACUGAUUCAACAAUGUGUGGAAGACAUAUAGGUGUGCUGAUAAGUUCUUGUCAUCCUACUGUUUUAUCUAUUUGUUGCAUUAAGUUUGAUCAAACUUCCUGUUCAAAAACCCAUUAAACUGGAACUUGAAGAACCAUAGAUGUAUUUAAAAAUUCCAGGAUAAAUCAACACAGAGAAUUUGUUUUUAAAAGGACUGCUUAAGUGCAAAAUGUUUUCAUAUGACAGGAUUUGGUAUCAUUUGUUGGUUAAUUGUCCAUAGGAUACAAGCCUUUAGCAUCACAGUUCUUUUCUGUGUUUUGGAAAGAAAACAAGUCUUCACUUUUGUGAGGUCACAGAGGCAAGCUUACUUUUGCAGCAGUGCUUCAUUGACUUUGGCUGCGACUUUCAAUUCCAGAAGUUAAUAGUUGAAUUCACUUGUGCUUUUCCCACAAACAAAAUUUAUUUUUAAAAAAAAUCAACUUGGUUUUGUGACGAUGUAAGGACUAAGUGUUUUGUAAGCAUCUUUGUGAUUAGUUUCACUCUUGAAUCUGGUAAAAAGUCUAAACGAAAGGAAGAAGAAUGGCACAUAUUGUUUGACUUGGCAAUUCCUGACCUUUGAGCAUAGAUUUUAACAAACUGAAGAUAAAUCUAACAUUUACCUCACAUUUUAUCACCUAUAUUCAUUUUAUCACUCAAUAUUUAAUGGGCAUAUAAUAUUAUAUAUUUUGGUAGAAUAAAAACUCUUUUAAAUUGGUUCUUAAUUAAUGAGUUAUAACUAAAAUUUUAGUGAAAUUUGUUAAGCUUUCAAAAAUUGAGCAGAAACAUUUACUUUCCAAUUUGCAAUUUUUUUAAAUGAUGAAUCUGUAAGUUCAAAAUGAAGAUACUGCUUCAUAGUUGAAAGUUGUCACAGUUUAGGUAAUACCAAUAAUAUUCUUACAGGCAUGUAUCAGUGUAAUUAUUCCUGUUACAUUGAAAAGUUCGCAGUUCUUUUCAGGCCAGCAGUCCUAAUAUUCAAAGUCUGCUGUUAGGUUAGUCUAGUUUUCUUCUUUCAUUCUCUGCGUUGUAUGCAUAUAUUUCUGUGUACAUACAGUUUGAGAUGAUGUUUGCGUUCUGGAAGGCUGGCACAAAGUUCCUAAUGUACAGGAACAUUUUGUGGACAAACAUUUCCAUUUUUUCACUCUAUUUGUAAAUUUGUUUUCUAAAUCAUCCAUUGUUCUUCAUCUCUACUAGGGCAUUCUUGAUGUUUACCUGGUGCCAGAUAGAUGCUAAAGGCACGAACUUAUAUAUUAAAUACAGGUCCAUGCUAAAGGUGACUGCCACAUUUUUCAAAAUAUUAAAUAACAUUCAACAGGACAUCUUAGAAAUUUGUCAAAGUUCCAUGCUUUCAUGGAUAAAGAAUGUUGUAUGUUAGUCAUAGUUUUAAAUUUUGAUAUUUGUUACAGUAAUAACCAGGAUUGUAUCAUACAUAAAUAAAAAGAAAGGACUCUGCUGUACAUGUGACUGCAUUCCCUUAAGUAAAUACAAAUGCAAUAAGAGUUUUUUGUAGUCAAGUAAAUUAAGGAGAGAGAAAUAUUUUGUCGUAGAGUAUUUUAUCAUUUCUACUUUUGAUGAAGUCAGUUUAAGGACUUCUCCAUCAAAACCUGGAAGGAAAAUCUUUCCAGUUUAAAGGCUAAACUAAACGAAGCUUACUAUUUGAUGAUGACAUUUAGUUGUCAGCAGUGCACCGAGGAUUGGCUGUCCUGGAUAAGAUCUCAUCUUUACCAUGCUGUUUUGUCUCUACAUGUGGUAUCUGUGGCUGCUUUGCCAUAUCACAUUAGUUGCUGACUGUAAAACACCAAUUCCCAUUCCCCUAGUUCAUUACAGAUUACUAAUUCAUAAAAUAUGAGAAAAAAAUUACCGAAUAAAAGCAUUUCAACAUUGUAAUACUCAUUUUUGAAAAUAUAUCAAAAAUUCACUUUUUACAUCCUAUCAUAAUUUAGAAUUUUAGUCAGUAUACAUAUGCUGUUCCCCAAAAAAUUAGAAUACUUCAUUUUUUUGGACAAACUAAUGACAGUACAAUGUUUCAUUAAUGUAUCAGAAAUUUUGAGUUUAAUUUUCUUGUUAGACUGAUUGGCUUGUAAAAGAAGUUUCUAAGGUCACAUAUUUUAGAUGAUGAUAAAAGUAAUUCAUUGCUGAAAAGUCAUAGGUCAGUUUACUGGUGAUGAAAAUCAUUAUGUGAAUUAAGGUUAUCUGCUUAUCAUGAUGGUAACAAUAAAAACAAUGAGGGAGGACAUGUUCUAUGCAUUAAUUAAUAUUCUGAGGAGUCCUGAAUGUGAACGGAAUUAUCCAUUCUUGCGAUGAUGGUGAUAUUUGCUCACUGCAUGUAGCAUAUCCUAAGACAAAAUUUACUCCUGUUAUCUGGUUUAAUACUCUGUUUAUCACACACAUGUUUUUGGAAGCAUAGCUGUAUGUCACAGAACAUUUUUUAUGCUUGAGUCAUUUUAUAUUUUUUUAAAAAACUGUUAGUAUUUUAAACAGGAACAUAUAUUGUUGUGGCAUACACAUUCACAGAUUGUCAGAUAUUGAUUUUUGUGUGCAUUCAUUCUUACAUAUAAAAAGAUUGAGAUUUAGUUAAAACCUGCAACACCUGGAAUGUAAUUGUGAUUAAACUGUGCUUUUGUUUGUACCAAGAAAAAAUUAGAUGAGGCAUUGUAGAUUUACAUAUGAUCGCGGAUACUAAAUGGUGUGUAUGUGUUCUUGCUUCAGCCUUAUAGCUGAACACAUGACUUUUACCUCCACUAACCCUGUAAUACAUGGAUAUGUUAGCUGAUGAUAAUCAGACCAGACUUUGGCGCUUAUUUUCAUUCCCUUGAGCUUUAUCCCCUUGUGUUUAACUCACUGGAUGCUGACUAUUCACAGGCCACUGCUGUGUUGAUGUGCACAGGUCACAUGACAGCUGUAGUAAUUUUGUGACGUGAGAUUUCUUUUUAAAACCUCAGAAUGAAUGCGGUUUUUUAACGGUCCUGAGGCUGCUAGGUAAUGCAGGUUGCAUGUGUUGAAAAAAACAAAAGUGUGCUGUUUAUCUAUUCCCUUGAAAACUGUUUUGGGAUUGGAGUGGACAGCAUUUGCAUAUGAAUGCAAGUAAAUGCUUCCUAUCAGAUUGUUCAGACAUAACAGGUUUGAGCAAUAUUCUUAAGUGCCACAUUUUGCAUUUUUUUUAAGGAAUGGGGCAUUGAUAUAAAGUACUAAACAAUAACUUCCUUUUUUUUUCCUCAUGCCUAUAUAUGUGCUGGGCCAAUGUUUUCUUUUAAUGUAUUCUAUUUUUUUUUAAACUUUUUCCAUAUGAACAUUGAAACUGCAGCUGAUGGUGAUGACACUUUCAUCCAGAUUUCACAGUGGAAAGUGGUAAAAAGGUCUUAGUAAACUAUUUUUCACAUUCAGCUAUUGAAAAUUAGAUUUCUCUAAAUAAAAAAAAUAAUUGGCCUUGUAUAAAGUUUUAUGAAAAUUUGUGCACAAAACUUCGGUGUAUUUGAGUCACUCCACAUUUAUGGGGUUUUAUAUAUUUGUGUGUUUGCGUGCUUGUAUGUGUAUGCAUUGGGUAGGAGCUGUUUCAUUUUCUAUGACACCUGUGUAUAAAUUUCUUUGAAAAGCUUUGCACUAGCUUAAUGCAAUACUGUUUACAGUAUUUGAUUUAUAUUAGGCAUGGGGUAGUAUCUUAUGUCUUAUGUUAAACAAAUGGCUUUGACUACAGCUUAGCAUUAAAUAAUAUAUCCAUUGAAAGCACUUCAGGAUUAAAAAAACAAAAAUUUUUUAUCUAGUUGGACUUAAAGCCGUUAUCAGAAAUGAUAUUGUACAUGGUAUUACACAUGGUCACAAAUAUUUAACACCCUUUUUCUUGAAAUAACAUUUUCAUUUUAUUGGGCCUCCCUAUGUUGAAAAAAUGUAUUUUAAACAUUGAAAACAACAGUUCCUCUACUUUGAACGGACUUUUAUUUUUCUAGCAGCUUUCUAUAAACCUAUAAAAAGUGGUAUGGUGCAAACUGAUAUUCCCCACGUUUUGAAAUGCACUGUCUAGUGUGAGUUUCAAACACUGAUAGCAGAUUUAAUUUUCAAUUAUAGUUCAUAGCCAUGACCAUUAUAUGGUCUUUAUUAAUUUAGCUUGUUUUAAAAUUUAUGGACAAGAAUGACAGUAAUAAUGUGUAGAAAUACUGCUAACACUUGGCUUAUUCUUUUUGUGAUGGUCUUGUGAAAUCAGCUCUGUGUGUGCAUGCAGAAUGCUUCUAGUUAGUCAUCUUGUUGUAGUCCUACAAUAACAUUUUUAGUGAGGUUUUUUUUUUUAACUAGAAAAGAACAUUUAUAUUCACAUCCUUGCCACUCCUACCCUAUUGCUCCAUCCUAUUUCUGGCUUCAGCUGACAGUAUUGUGGUUCAGAUGUUUGCAUUCUGCUUUCGCUCCCAAUUGCAGUGGGCAGUACCCACUUUUUUAAGUUAGUUUUGUGUUCUUGCAUGUGCUCCUUUAAGUCUUUUUUAUGUGUUUACAAAUAACACCCAUUAUUUUAACCCCAUGUUUGGUAUGGUACUUUUAUGCCCAUGUGGUUGCAUAACUAGUUUUCGUUCACUAUGAUCCUGUUUUUAUCAGAAAUCGAUGCUGUAGAUGCUAUUAAUGAUGCUGUUGUUAUCUUUUCUUCUCACCCAACUCCCCUUGCCCUCAUACACCCACACACACAGCAAAAGUAAUUUCAACUGUUAAUUUCUGCUUAAAUGAUGCAGUCAAGAUUUAGUGCUCCAGGGUGUUAAUAGACAGCUUAACACAGCUAGAUAUUUAACAGGAGCUAUUCAAGAAAUGUGGUGUAAAACCUCACAAAUAGAUGUAAGCAUUAAAGAUAGACUUUCUUUCACAGCAAUUUUUUAUCUUUAUCAGGAAUGUGAAAGUAUUUUUGUCCUUAUUGUCACGUCACAUAGCCCUUUCCUAAGCACUGUUUCUAGUUGUUGGAGAAGCUUCUUUGUAAAUUAGUGUGGCAAAGGUUUAUUUACGUAUAUCUGUCAAACUAUCUACACAAAAAAAUGGCUGUCAAGAUACCUUUUUUUCAGCUGUUGGUUGAUUGUGAUAUGCACAGCAACUAAUGUUAUAUGUUUAAAAAAUGUUUUAAUAUCACUAUGAUAAUUAAUUUCCGAAAAGGAGGAAAAGGCAUGCAGUCAUUCUGAUGUGAUUGUUAAUAAUGAAAGCUUUUCUGUACUGUGCACUUCCUAAACCGCUGGGUUACUUGUAACAGUGUUGCAUGUCAUCUAUAUUAAAUGGUAUAUAUAUAUAUGGUAGAUAGAAAAGGUUUACUUGUUCCAUAGAAAAGUGUCUUGCGUGAAAUGGUUUUUAUUGCUGUGGUGUUAUGCAUUUUAGUGCAAAAAUUAGCGCAGAUUGAGGUUAAUUGGCAGCUGUUUAUACACAGCACAGACGAGAGAUGAAACCUGUCGGACUUCUAUUAUAGCUGUUAGAUGACCACGUAAUGUUUCUGUAAAGGUGCUGUUUCAAGCAAAAUAUUAAAGAAAUAAGAUUGUGUAAGUGCAUGAACAAACAUUAAGAUUAAAUGUAUUUACAAUUUUCUCCUUGCAGCUGUAUAUUUUCCUUAUUGUCUUGUUGUAUUGUCUAACACCCUGAUGUCACACGAAUGCUUUUAAAAAUUCCUUCUGUCUCUUUUCUCUAAACUAAAAAGUAAGUAGCGGGAUUUGGCAUUGUCAUGGCGAAGCUGUGAAACAGCAGUGCCAUUUAUAGCAAAAGUUGCAGCCGUGACCUGACAUUUAUUUAUUACAAUUUUAUUCUGAUCUCCACCAUAUUUUUCUAUUUUGUCACCAAGUACAGUGAGAACUGAGUGUCCAGUGGUCAGAUCUCCUGCUGAGCAUGCUGUUUUGCCCUUUUUGGUUUGGCAUAACCCACCCACCCCUGCCCCCAUCUGAUCCAGCCUGCUGGUGUCUUUCUAUAUUUGUGGUUGGAAUCAGAAUGUGGAUUGUUUCUGUAAGGGUUUUCAGGGGAAAAGUUUCAAGAUGAUUUUUCAAAAUCUUAACUGUUGAAUCUUUUAACAAAUUAGGACGAAAAAAGAAUAGUGUGGAUUCAAUAAACACUGUGUGCUUUGAUUAUCAAGUUCUUGUGUUAGCUGACAUUCAGGAGUUGUUUGUACAAAUGCAGAAUUUAAGUUAUAAUAUUGCUACUUGAGUAGGUAAGGGAAUGUUAAAGGAUACAUAAUUUGGAAGUGUUUAUCAAUAUACCAUGAUGUGAAAUUGUUCAGAAGUGAAGUGUGAUCUGGACGUGGUUGGGAAGUGCCCAGCAGUCAGGUGUGCUUUCAAAACAUUAAACUUUUUCAGCACAAA